CAACUUCUUAUUUAUCAAAGCCUGAGAUCAAUCAUCUUUUCAUAAAAACCAGUGUGAUUUUGUGUGUCUGUGUGUGUAUUUCUUUUUUGACAACCAAAGAAACCAAAAAUGGCAGACAACUCUCAGAAGAUGAGCUACCAUGCUGGUGAGGCCAAGGGCCGAGCUCAGGAAAAGGCUGGCAACAUGAUGGACAAGGCAAGCAAUGCUGCUCAAUCAGCCAAGGAAUCAGUGCAGGAGGCUGGUCAGCAGAUGAAGGCAAAGGCACAGGGAGCUGCUGAUGCAGUUAAGGAUGCAACUGGAAUGAAAUGAAAACUUCAAUGGACAAAUCUGAUCUACCUUGAUUUCACUUAGGCCUUCUUAUUGUUUUUAAUUUUAGGCUCUUUUUUUGUUUUUUUUUGUUUUAUUGUCUCUUUCGAACAAAGAAGGGAGCUCCUCCCAUGGAGGGUCUGAAGCUCAUCUGGGUUUUUUUGUCCAUUUUUCAUCAUUGUUUUCUGCUCCUUGUUAAUGAGGAGCUGCUUGUUAAUGUUAUUUUUGUUUGAAAGAAGAGGACUGUCUGUUGUAAGUUCUCAACUCAGUUCAUAAAGUUUAAAUCAUAAGUUGAUUUUGAAAGAA